UGUGAGGUUAUAUUUUUGUUAAAAAAUGUGAGCAUGGUGUCUGGAUUACUUUUAAAAUACAAAGCACCAGACAGUUUUAGGAUUAGGACUAUGAUUAAGAAAGAUUAUAACCAUUGACUGUAAAAAUAUAUACAGUCUAUGAUUAUAACAGAUGCGGAAACGUCACGUGCGCUUUGUCAUGCCAAACCUCUGGGCCACCGUACUGCGUAAUACGUGACACCGUGAGUCAAAACAACGGCUACAAGUGGGUGUUGAUGUCCGUCCAUUGCAUUAGACCGUUUCGCAGUUGCUUUGGCCAACUAAAACUAAAGAGUAACUUUAGAGAAGAGGAGUUUCUAUCGAUAGCGGAAUGGAGGGUUGCUGAGUUUCGCGCGACGCCGGAAUAGAUUAGCAUGCGGAUGCUAAUGCUAGGUUAGCUGCUUAGGCGAUAUCAGUCCACCGGUAUGUCUGUCAAUGAGCAUCUCGUCCGUGAGUUUCAUUACUGUCUGAAUUUUAGUCACAACCAAAAACAAUAACCCCGGUGCGCGGGCACCUUACUAAACAAAAAGCGCAUUUAAAACGAAUAGCAUCAAAAAGGAUGUAAAAGAAAAUCUCAGACAUUUUAAAUCAAAGGCACCGCUUCCCUGUUUAUCUGAGAGGAAAACAGACAUUCAAGAGCGAGAAGUGAGAGUCCACCAUGCCGGAUCUGGACGCCCUGGUUGUGGCCUUUCAGACCCAGCUGUCUGAUGUGAUGGAGGCUGUGGUGAAGACGGCGAUGUUUGAGGUCACGCGCCUGGUGGAGGACGUCUUCCUGGUGGAGGUGAAACGGAGGAGGCAGGAGCUGGAGUCUCUACGGAUGCAACUGCAGCGGGCUGAGGAGCAGGUCGGAGAGGACAAAGGGGGACCGAAGAAUCGCGCUGAAAGUUCAGGACUGGAGGAAAGAGCGGACUCUGGGGAAACGGGAGAGCUUCAGGAGGACAUGAUGCCUGGCUGUGAUGUCAAAACUCAGCGGGAUGCUGUCGGAUGCUGGAUGUCCGGUCUCAAGCUGGAUAUAGAGGAUGAACCUGCAGCCACACAGAAUCCUGAACCCAACUCACAGGCUGCAAAACAAGAGGAUCAGAUGACCACUUUGGGUGUGAAAGAGGAAGAAGUGAAUGCACCGUGUUGUUCUUCACAUAAUUGGAGCAGUACGUUUGAUGAAAGAACAGGACUUGAGUCUAACAACGCAAGUGAAGCGGCUGAAGUUAGAUCCAAGAAGGCUGAGGGAGACGGCGAAGAUUUCUCGAAGAGCACCAAAAGACAAUCGGCUGCAUAUCAGUAUCCCGAGGAUCAGCCGGAGGCGUGCCUGGUCGCAGAUCAGCCUCAUUUUCCUCCUCUGGAACUGGACGCGGGUUGGAUUGGUCUUCCUGGUCUGCUGCAGAGCCACAGGGCUGAAAAGGAAUGCGAUCCGGUCAAAAGUGAAAGUUCUGCAGCUCACAAAGAGCCUGCGCUGUGUGACUCGGUGAGAGCCGACGUUCAGCUUUCUUUAGGUACAGAUCGUGUUUCUUCCUCUGGUUCCCCUAAAGCCAGAAUUCAACCCGGCGGUGCGCUGGGGGUAACUGUGAAGACGGAAGCCCUUAUCGAUUCAGGUGAGCAAAGAGAACGUGCAGAAAAAAAGCUUAAAAAAGCCGGACCAGCAUCUCCAGCCACUGCGGUCAAACCGCACAGGGUGAUUUUGGAGAAGUUCAGCAGCUCUUACAAUAAAGCCUCUGUGCUAGAAGUAAUGAAGCCUCAGUCUAAAGUAGAUUUGAGCUCACAUGAAGCUACAGAGCAUAUCCAUCGACCUAUGAAAAAGCCUCCAAGUAUUCGAACCUCCUCACCAGCGUCUGCAGCUCACUCUUUGGUGGGAAGCCUCAGUAACUCUAACAGGAUUCCCUCCACGUCCAAAGCUGCUCCUCCUUCCGCUCUCUCCAUGCAGCGGCUUCACCUUCACCGGACCGGUGCGUCAUGGGCGGGCCUUAAAUCCCAGCUUCAGCCCACAAACUGUCAUCACUCCAACCCCACCCCCCACGUGGAAGCCCACCCCCACGUCGGCUCCAGGCACCUCCUGCGCUGCGGUCAGUGCGGCAAGUGCUUCCCUCACCCCAGCAACUUGAAGGCGCAUCUGCAGACGCACACAGGCGAGCGGCCGUUCUGCUGCUCGCUCUGCGGGCGCAGCUUCACCAAGCUGAGUAACCUCAAGGCCCAUCGGCGGGUCCACACUGGGGAGAGGCCAUACUGCUGCCUCGCCUGCGGUAAAAGGUUCACUCAGAAGUGUAACCUAAAGCGGCACCAGAGGAUCCAUCUGGAUGUAUGAUGCUGGAGAGCCCAGAUGUUUACAUAGACUUUGGUGUUUGUGAAUCCUAAAUGUUUAAGUUAUAACGUUUAAUGUGACUCUUGAAGUCCUUCAAGUCUGAUUUGAAUCCUCAGAUUUAUUUGUUGCGUUUUUAAGAAGCCCUCUGUCAGCUCAGAAACUUUACAAAAAAACAUUUAGAUGGAAGUGCAUCAGCCUGACCCAAACUCAUCAGAACAUUUACGACAACUGAGUCCUAAAACGUCCUUAACUAGUGCUGGAUAUCACUGCCAAACUACUUCCUCUAUUUCAUUUCAUUCAGAUUCAAUAAAUAUUAACUUAUUUGUCAAACUUCCUUCCCGAAUACAAUUCAAUUUGCUUAUAGCAGGGGUCUGCAACCUGCAACACUUAAAGAGUCAUUCCGGGCAAUUUCUCGACAAACUAAACCCAGUAGCAGCCACAAAGUCUUCACUCAUCCUUUAGAAGAUAAGAUACUGAUUUAUAUUCAUGUUUUUGCUACUAACACAAUAUAUUUAAACAAACUAUUGUGGUUUU